GAUAGGCUACAUUGGCAUACCCAUAUCCCUAAUGCUCCGAGUUCCAACAUUUGAUGGUAGCAUCGGACUCGGACGUUUGGACACGAUGGUUGUUCGACUUGCUACAUUGAGUAUGGCGACCAUAUUUGGCGGCAUCCAUUGUCUGGCUUGGUUUUUUACCUUCGUCACACAUCAGGAACAGCUCCUAUGGCACAUAUGUGCUCUCGGUAUAACUGGCACACCCUGGCUUUUCUUUUGUGUGGCUUUCACAUUCGGUGCAGCGUCUCCAGGUCUUCUGCGUCAGCUAAAUAUCCCGAUUGGACUUUUAUGUAUCAUAUUGUACGUUACAGCUCGUGCCAUUCUGUUGGUACUCAUGUUCACCACUUUACGUCAUCUUCCUGGUGACGCAUACCAGGCGGUGUCGUGGAUUGGUUUGGUACCGCACUUGUAGUUCCUGAUUACGAUACUUGUGAUACACUUCAUACUUUUGUAACGAUCUUCAGACGUAGCAUUCCUGUAGUUGACGAUGGACCUCAGGCUAGUUACAUCAGGAAAACCCUCCAUCUAGUUAGAACCAACGAGCUCACGCCCGUUGUGCCUUCGGCACAAAUCAAAGGAGCGCGGAAGAUAUAUCGAUGCCUGCAGGCAGAUUCUGAUUCAAUAGUCAC